AUGGCAUAUUCGAUCACUGCCCUGGCGGUAGUAUUUUUUGCUGGUCUCAUCUUCUACAAAGUGUUAAUUUACCCAGCAUUCCUCUCCCCACUGUCGAAGAUCCCCAACGUACACUGGAGUGCUUCCUUCUCGCCGGUAUGGAUGCUAUGGAGGCGAUUCACAAGCCAGAACAACCGGACCAUUCAGGCCGCACACGAGAAAUUCGGUCCUAUUGUUAGGCUAGGGCCAUCAGAGAUCUCGAUCAACUGUGUCGAGGGAGGAAUUAAGUCAGUUUAUGCUGGCGGAUUUGAGAAGCAUGACUGGUAUCCACGAGUCUUCGCAUCAUUUGGAACAGUGAGCAUGUUCACCAUGACCGGAAGCAAGACACAUUCAACUCGAAAAAGGAUGCUAUCCAACAUAUACUCCAAAUCGACUCUGCAAACAUCCCCUCAUAUGCGGAUAGUUUCAGAUACAGUCAUCUUCGAUCGACUGCUGCCGAUUCUUCAAGAAGCAGCAAUGUCCGGCAAAUCCGUCGACGUACAUGAUCUAAACCAGGGACUAACAAUGGACUUCGUCUCCUCCUAUCUAUUCGGGUUGAAGAAUGGCACUAAUUACCUGCAAGAUAAUUCGGUCCGCAAGCACUGGCUUCACCUUUACAUGUGCCGAAAGCCGUUUGAAUUUUAUGCCCAGGAAGUUCCAUAUUUGGAUGGGUGGCUGAGACGGAUUGGUCUUCGUGUGAUACCCAAAUACUGUGACGAAGCCAACGCAAUGCUUGAUUCUUGGGCUCUGGACCUAUGCGAUAGAGCAGAGCAGAUAAUUUCAUCUUCCGAGCCAGGCAUCGAGCCAACUGUCUACAAGCAAUUGAAAGAAUCUCUGGACAAGCAUUCCACAAAGAAUGGAGAAACAAAGCCAGACAAAGCCCAACAGCGACUCGAUAUUGCUUGCGAGAUGUACGACCAGCUGACUGCAGGCUUUGAAACCAGUGCUGUUGGCCUCACAUAUCUAUUCUGGCAACUAUCUCGACAUCCAGAAGUGCAGGACAAGCUUCGAGAGGAGCUACUCACUCUGAGUCCCCCGAUUUCAUACCCAAAGUCAGCCGAUCUACCGCCAGCCAAGUCAAUUGAUAGCCUGCCCCUGUUGGAAGCGAUCGUGACAGAGACCCUGAGACUUCAUGCCCCGAUCCCUGGAAUUCAACCUCGGGUGACGCCAUCUCCGUCGUGCACUCUCGCCGGGUAUGCAGACAUUCCACCCAACACCAGAGUGAAUGCGCAAGGAUAUUCACUGCACCGCAACCCGGAAGUAUUCCCAGAGCCAGAGGCCUGGCAGCCGAAGCGUUGGCUGGAAGCUGAAAACUCGCCGGCUAACCUGGAAGAGAAACGGCGGUGGUUUUGGGCGUUUGGGAGUGGAGGACGUAUGUGUGUGGGAAGUAAUCUUGCACUGCAAGAAAUGAAACUCGCCGUGGCUGCGAUUUAUACUAGCUUCCGCACCACCAUUGUCAACGAUGACAAUAUUGAAGCUAUCGAUGCUUACACCGUGAAACCGACAGGCGAUAAACUGAUCCUCAAGUUUGAGUCUGUCUGA